ACUAGGCAACCAAUCAGUGGCGUCGAUUAUAAAUAGAAUUCUUCUUCUUGCUCGUAUAUAUUGACAUUUCGGAAAAUUUGUGGGUAUUACUGAGGAAAAUUAAUCAGUUGAAAAGUUUUUAUUUGUCGCCAUUUACGAGAUUUUUGUAAGAAGAUGAAGAUACUCAUCAGCAAUCUGCUAUCUGCAAUCGCAUUUCUUGUGCAAUUUGGUGAACUGAAUGCUUCAGGACUUAGAUUCGAACUAUCAACCCGGCUCACGCCAAAAGUUGUUCCUAGAUCACGGAAUCCCCAACAAAUUGUGCGUGCGCCAGAUGAGCGUAUUCUUCAUGGUGAUACCUUCAUUUCGUUGUGGCUAGAUCCUCAAAAUCGACGAACAGUUUUGAAAGCUGACCAUGGGAUGAACAUUUCUCCAGGUGACGCAUUUGUUUCUGGGAACGAUUUUUACAUGAAACUUACUGAAAUAGGAGACGCUCAAGGAAAUUUUACAGUUGUGGGAUAUUUCUGGCCGUCUAGAGUACUUUUUGGAGUCCGAGCACCUUGCCCAGCUCGUUCAACCGUGCUGGAACCUAAUUCAUCACAAUGGUUUAUCUUGCAUUAUGGGAGAGGCUAUAGGGUAAAGACAAAUCGUCGUACCGGAGAAGUGGAAUAUGUUACCCUCUUGCCUAGAAAUGUACAUGAAAAACCAGAAAAUCAACAUGGUCUUCAACGCCAACGGUUUGGAAUGAAUGGCGUGCACUUUUGGAUCUACUAUGAACAGGAGAAAGGAGUUUUGGGAGCUGAAUACAUCCCACCUUCUCCUUGAUUGCAUCCACAUUUAUCUAUACACAAAAGUUUUAACAAAUAAGUGCACAUUGUGUAAUAUGCCCUUGAUUCAUAUU